GCCGUGGGUGGCUGCAUGCAAGGAGAUCCCUUCCUUGAAAGAUCAGUGAGAGGAUCUCCGCCUGAAGAAGCGCUCCUCACAUCACAGGGGCGCCCCUUCCUUCCCUCUGGGGUAGGAGGCUGCCUGGGCUUGUAGCGGAGGAAGGUAUUUGCAACGGGAACGGCAGAAAUCGCGGCUGCAGAACAAGCCGUGGGGAGGGUGAGCGAGAGGGGAGGGAGCAGCGGGCCAGGCGGCGUCGCUGGGGAAAGACGCUUGGCUUCCGGGCGCUGCGGCCGGGCCCGGGUGGGUGGCGGGCUCUGUCAGUGCCACGGUGUCGCUUGCUGCUGCGGAGGGUAAGAGGCGAGCGAGCGAUACAGCGGAGAAGCCUCCCAGCCUGACGUGCUUCGCCAGCCGAUCCGAUCCCAGCGGCCAGGCCCACCGCAUGCAGCCCUCACCCUGGAGCGGAGGCGGCGGAUCGAGGAGCUUUCGCGAUCCUCCCGGCAGCGGCUGCUUCAGUCUCGGGACAGGAUGUUCUCCAAGUUCACCUCCAUCCUGCAGCACGCCGUGGAGGCGCUUGCACCAUCCCUUCCACUGCAAGAAGAUUUUGUUUACCACUGGAAGGCAAUUACCCACUACUACAUAGAGACUUCUGAUGACAAAGCUCCUGUGACUGAUACCAACAUUCCAUCUCAUCUGGAGCAGAUGUUGGAUAUUUUAGUUCAGGAAGAAAAUGAGAGAGAGUCUGGGGAAACAGGGCCUUGCAUGGAAUAUUUGCUACAUCACAAGAUCUUGGAGACGUUGUACACCCUGGGCAAGGCUGAUUGUCCUCCAGGCAUGAAGCAGCAGGUUUUGUCUUUUUAUACAAAACUUCUGGGAAGAAUACGGCAGCCUCUUCUUCCCCAUAUAAAUGUUCACAGACCUGUGCAGAAAUUAAUCAGACUUUGUGGUGAAGUAUUGGCUACACCUACAGAAAAUGAAGAAAUUCAGUUUCUCUGCAUAGUGUGUGCAAAGCUGAAACAGGAUCCGUACUUGGUUAACUUCUUCCUUGAGGUGGUUCAAGAUCCUGUCUUGCACACUUCCGGGAGGCAGAACAAGCUAAAAGCACUGGCUUCAAAAAGCACAGCCAGUUUAAUUGCAGAAGACAUGCAAAAAGGCCAGGAUUUUGUGGCAACUGAUACAGGACAAUCUGUUCAGCUUGAAGAAACAGGAAGAGUGGAACAAGCAAAAAGAGAAACUGACCUUCCUCAUGUGGCAGAUGGCCUGUCCACAAGUCUGGAUGAAUUAAAUCUCCCUUCAUCCCCUGAGGCUUUGGCUGUUCAUCCACACGGGGACUAUAAUUUGGUGAAUUCUCUGCUCAAUCUCACCAAAAGUCCAGAUGGCCGAAUAGCUGUGAAAGCUUGUGAAGGCCUCAUGCUUCUCGUAAGUUUGCCUGAGCCAGCUGCUGCCAAAUGCUUAACACAGAGUACGUGCUUAUGUGAAUUGCUGACGGACAGACUGGCCUCCCUCUAUAAAGCCCUCCCUCAGUCAAUGGAUCCCUUAGAUAUCGAAACAGUGGAAGGAGUUAACUGGGGCUUGGAUUCCUACAGUCACAAAGAGGAUGCAUCUGCUUUUCCAGGGAAAAGAGCUCUGAUUUCAUUUCUCUCCUGGUUUGAUUAUUGUGAUCAGCUCAUCAAGGAAGCUCAGAAGACCACAGCCAUUGCCAUGGCAAAUUCCGUACGAGACCGUUUUUUUGUUGGUGUCAUGGAACCCCAGCUAAUGCAAACUUCAGAGAUUGGGAUUCUCACAUCAACUGCUUUGUUACAUCGUAUCGUUCGUCAAGUCACUUCAGAUGUCUUAGUGCAUGAAAUAGUUUGCUUCAUCCUUGGAGUACAAAGGGAGCCAGAAACACUGAUGGACAUCAACAGGCAUCCAUUACGACAUCGUUUAAUCGAACAUUGUGAUCACAUUUCGGAUGAGAUCAGCAUAAUGACACUCAGAAUGUUUGAGCACCUUUUGCAAAAGCCUGAUGAGCAUAUUCUUUAUAACUUGGUUCUUAGAAAUUUAGAGGAAAGAAACUACACCGAAUAUAAACCACCCUGUCAAGAAGAUAAAGAUGUGGUGGAGAACGGCCAGAUAGCGGGAGCUGUAGACCUGGAAGAAGAUCCAUUAUUUACUGAUCUUUCUCCUGAUACGAUGCUGUCAAACCAAGAGUGGCUUAGUGCUUCUCCAACUGCCAGCCCAGAACAUCUGAAAAGUGAUGGGAAGACAGAAGUUCAUAAAAUUGUAAAUAGUUUUCUCUGUCUAGUACCCGAUGAAGCCAAAUCUUCUUAUCACGUGGAGGGCACAGGUUAUGAUACCUACCUCAGAGAUGCUCAUCGACAAUUCCGGGAUUAUUGUGGCAUAUGCUUACGAUGGGAUUGGCCAGGGUCUCCGAAACCUUUGGAAAAGUGCAAUUUAGAAGCUUCAUUCUUUGAAGGACAUUUCCUGAAAGUUCUGUUUGAUAGAAUGGGCAGAAUUCUUGAUCAGCCAUAUGAUGUCAAUUUGCAAGUCACAUCUGUGUUGUCCAAGCUCUCCUUGUUUCCCCAUCCACACAUCCAUGAAUAUCUUUUGGAUCCCUAUAUAAAUCUAGCUUCAGGGUGCCGGUCUCUUUUUUCAGUGAUUGUAAGGGUUGUUGGGGAUCUCAUGGUAAGGAUCCAGCGCAUACCUGAUUUCACACCUAAACUUCUGCUGGUCAGGAAGCGUCUCCUUGGCUUAGAACCUGAAGGUCCUAUUGUUGACCACAUGACGUUACUAGAAGGUGUCAUUGUGCUAGAAGAGUUUUGUAAAGAGCUGGCUGCAAUUGCAUUUGUGAAAUACCAUGCAUCAUCAACGCCAUAAGUAUCUACUCUUAAGUGUCCAACUAGGAGGUUGUCUUAUAUUUCAAUCAGAAAAGACUCAUAACUAUCCCCAAGGAAAAGAAGAAGAAAAAAACAGUGUUUUUAGAAGACUUGUAUGGGGCACAUUCAAAUUAUACUGCUGUUUAUUAAUUCAUUGGCAUGACUAUAUGGAAAUGAAAAAUGAACAUUUUAACCCACAACACAAUCAGAAAGAUGCAUCAGUUGAAUAGAAUACUUUCAAUGAGGACACAUCAGGAUUUCAAUUGAAGAGUACUCUUAUUUUUAUGUACUUCUAGCAGUUUUAUGUACUUUUGAGUUCAUAGGGGUUUUUUUUAAAAAAAGUUUUGCCUAAUAGCUAAGGUGUGUGUUACCCCUUGAAAUGAAAACCAGCAAGUGAGUCAAUCUUUUUACAGUAUUUAAAACAAAGCAGAAAAGAAAUAGAGGCUGCAAAUGCACACACAGCUACGAUACUUUUUUUUUGCAAAACAUUUUAUGUUGUCUGAAUCCUUUAUCCACUGUGUUGUUUGACUCUGUUACUGAUGUAUUACAUUGGAGUAACAGGUGGCCACAGGUAUACUUAAGUAUUGGUUUUCCUCAAAUCCCUAUUUUUACUCCUUUGUUAUGCUGCAUAAUUUAAUUUGCCUUCUGUUUUGUAUUGAACCCUAGCCUGUAUGAUCCAAAUGUAUGUUUACACAAAUGCUAGUAGUAAUACAAGUCAUUUGACAAGUUUUUUUUAAAAAAUUUCCUCUAAAAUUAAUUGGUUGAAAUGUAUUUGUGCCUUGAUGAUUGACAGUAUCAAUGUUUUGUGGUUUUAGAAACCCGUUAUCGCUUAUCUAAUAUGAAUGGUUGUAGCAUCCAGGCCAAGCAAUGUCUGAUAUUGUAUAUGGAGCUAAAUUCUUUAUAAGCUGUUGCAUGCUUUGGGUUGUGAAUUUGUGAUGUUACUCAUCACUGCCAGCUGUGACCUUCAGACCAGUAUACUGUCUUCCCUGAGAUGUAACGAGAAACAGAGGAGUGGAAGCCAUGUGUGAAGAGGUUGAAUGGGACUAAGUUGUUUGUUUAGGUGGAAGGGCACAGCAAUGAUUGACUGACUGUCCCAUUUUAGUUCAUAGAGCUGCCAGUGUAAUUGUAGCUUGUAUUUCAGCUAGCUAUUGCUGCUCAGUGAAGAGUACGCACUGCUCGAUGGGGAGGUGAGGGAGAUUAGAUGUAUUCUUUAGUCUGUUUGCUGGUUCUGAAAUUGUAGUGCUCUCUGUACGAAAGAGGAGGGACAACCCUAGUCACUAAUACAAAGGAGCUUGAACCUUUGUUCACCAAUUUGUCUAUUGAGAAAAUACCAUGGGAGCAACAGAGCUGAAUUUAAUCCUUAAAUAAUUGUUCUGGUUAUCCAAUUUAUAAGUAUGUUAGGAUAAUUUUAAAUUCAUACUUGUUGCCUACUUAAGAUCUUUUUGGGAUCAGCUACAAUGGGAUUGAGUUUUGUAUCAAUGAUGUCCUGAACUCUUGCUUGUCCUGCAACAAGGCUGAAAAGUAAGCUCUGAAUUUUGACCCCUCCUGGGAUAGGAUAGGAAGGGACCUCCCUUCCCACCCUAGGGACCUCCAACCCUCUAGAAACUAGCUGUUAAAGAGCAAGCAAUUAGUACGUCAAAUCAUGAAGGACAAGUGUUGAAAAGUAGCAUAAUUUGGAAUAAAUGGAUUAAAGGCCCUUUCCUUCACAUGGGACUCUCAUGGGGACACACUAAAACAGAAUUAAAAGCCGUACAGGAAUAGAAAGGAUAGUUCUUAUUACAGGAGAAGCUUGGCCCAGGAGCAGCCCGGCCUUACAGAUUCUCAAAUGCCCCUCUGCUCAACAAGGUAAUAGUCUCCCUGGCAGGAAUCAGUACACAGUGGAGCAUUUUUGUUCACCAGAGCUACAGAAUUUGACUUUCAAAUUCAGAUCAAGAAAGUAAAGACAAAUAAGGGAUCAGCUCCUUUCCUGAGCAUCUGAUGGAUAUUAGGAAGGAAGUAAACGACAUCGGGUAUGGGAGUUGGCCCAUCUGAAAGCUUCUAAGCAAGUACACAGGCAGCACAACCUAUUUGGUCAGAUGCAAUGGUGAUUAAUGCACAUGGCUGUCAAUCUAGAUCUUUUUAGUAAACCAGUACUUCAGGAGAUACCUAAAAAUCAACUGCGUAUUUAAGUUCUGGACAAUGGUCCUGAGCUAUGUGAUACGAGGUCAAAUGUUUGAGCUCUUUCUUCAUUGUUUGUGGUAGAUUUUAGGCUGAAAUCUGUAACCAGAUUAUUAUAGGGAAAUUACACUGAAGUUGAUUAGAUUUAUUCAACAGUUCUCCAAAGUAAGUGGAGAAAGUAAUUUUUAAAGUAAUACUAUUGUCACUCUCUUAAGAAAAACUUAAUAUUUAGAGCAGUCCCAUGUACUUAUGUUAGAUGUAAACGGGGAAGAAGUUAACUGUUCAGAAGUAUACAGAAAUGAUUCUUUAAACAAUAUAGUCUUCUAAUCCAUUGCAAUGCUUAACUUAUAUAACCAUUCAAACCACAUUAGAUUCAAAUUUUCAUUUUUUUUCUUUUAAGGGAUAUAGUGAUUUGUUCAAGCAGAGUAACUGUAACAUGAAGGUUGGCUUUGCUUUUAUCUGGGCUUGUUUUCACAGGUAUGCAUAUUAAUAGAGAGGGAGAAUUUACUUUUAAUAUGCUUGUGUUCAAUAUAUGCGCAGUUUGUCAGUAAACCCCAGUGGUGUCAUUUUAAGACACCAACAAUUUCCCAUAACUUUUAAAGAAGGGAAUCUGUUUGUCAUGAUGUGUGUCACAGCACCAGGAAAAGCUUGAGUCCUUCCUCCUGGCGUGAAUUGUUUUUAUGAUCCUGUAAAUUAUAGCUGCAACCUUUUAUUUUUGUAAAAAUUGUUGGAUUUUCCUUCCAAAAAGAAAACAGUUUAACUUUUAUAUCAUUCUUUUUUGAUGCACUUUUAUUUUAAAGGCUAGUUGAGUCUUUGCUAUGCAUGUUGUAACCACCCCCAUUCUGGCUAGUGUGUUUGAUUCUCUGUAUGUGUAGAUGCAUGUGUGGUUAUUUAUUACCGAACAGUGAACACUGGAGAACAUACAACAUGAUCUCCAAAAAUAUUGAGCAACCACCAUUUGCCAAGGUGUUAAUGGUAACUACUGGCUCCUCAGUACCAUAAAAUAUACAAAGAAUAGUGUUUAUGUAUGUGAAUGGAUGGGAAAAGCUGGAAUCUUUUGGUUUCUAAAACACAGAUCCAGUUUUUAUUUUUACCAUGAUGCACACUUGUGUAAAUAAACCUUUUCAUCUUCCCACCAACUAUUGUAUAUAUUUGAUUUAGAUUCUGUUGUUGGAAACUUUUAUGAUAAGAAACAUGCCACAUCUGAUAGAAUGGCCAUUUCUUCUUUGUCUACUUUUCUUGUGGUUAUUGUCAUCUACCUACAACUCUGACCUUCCCUAUGUAGCAAUCUGAUAUUAUAGUAUUUUAUCAGUGCAAUAUGGGAGCUGUAAUACAAGACACAGCUUCAGCCUGGUUGUACAUUACCUGUUUACGUGUGUAUAUUUGUAUACUAAUGGACUGAAAUCCCGCUUGCAACAUGACCAGUGCAAAGAUUGUAACACUAAGUUCUACAGGACACAGUAAUCAUGGCAUUUCUUUGUAAAUGCAUGACAGCAGCUCAACAUGAGCUGUUGAACGCAGCUAAUUCCUCUCAUUUAACUUGGCAAGAGCAAAUGUAAAGUACACUGUGAAAGUUACACGGUUACUGUUACUCUCGACUGAAUGAAAAAUUAAAAUCUGCAUCUCUCAACAAACACACCUGUACAACCAUGAUUAAUAAUUCUUGUGUCCUGUUAUCUAGUGCUACAGAGUCCCUCUUUUAUACACACACACACGCUCUUGUUUUUUCCUCUUGUGUUGUUUACAUUAAACAGAAGACGUUAGUAAACUUUUUCUAUUGAACUUUGUGCAUUUUGCUUGCUAACAAUGUUUACCAAGAUGUAAUUGACCCAUGGAGAACAGUUGGAACAGCCGUGUUACAGUACAAACAGUGAUAACUUGUAUAGAGAACAGCGCAAGCAAAUUCAGGUGUAGUUAAAAAGCAUGCAUGAAGGAUUAAAGGGAUAUUCUUAAAAAUAAAUUAAUAUAAUUUAAACAAAAUGAUUCUUUAUCUUUUUAGACUUCUGUGUGUGUUUUAAAAGCCUGUUUUAGAGGAAAAUGCCUGAAUCUAGGACCAAAGGGACAAGAUUUAACACUUGUAC